UCCUCUGCCAUGCACGAGGAUGGAGACGAGUCAAAAUUCCUGCCGGAUCGUUUCGCUGAGUCGGUUCGCCGAGUGGGUUCGGUCGCCUGCGACGGUAAAGGUGGAUGUCUCAAGAUGAAGACCUGUAGGCCAGGAGGGGGAGCAGCCGCAGCCACGCGCAAGAACUCCAACAACAACGAUCUGCGGCUCCUGCACAGCGAGCAGUCCACACCUCUCACUUCCACACGCGCUGCCGCUGCGCUGCUAUGCCAAGGAGACGCUGCCGGUCGUGGCAGCUGGAGCUACAAAGGCGGAGUGCGCUCAGUCACACAAGCAGCCGUUACCGACUUGACCACCGGAGUGACAGGUGAAGGAAGCACCGGGAUGAUUUACAACAAAAACGGAGACUGCAGAAGAGACCCGAGCCCUUCCACGAUCCAGGCUCCAGUCAGCUCGAGCCAGGAGAAGCGGACAGUUGAGACAGCUGUAUGUGAUACCGUCGCCGGCAUGGACUGCUCCGUUACCUCCGCGGGGUCGAUGCCCCAGACCCCGGGGCCAACGGAGAAAACAGACUCCAAAGUUUUUUUUUCAAACUCUCCCAGCUGUAAACCGCAGCCUCCUGUUCCCGGAGCGGGACCGACUAAGUCCGGG